AUCUCAAAUACCAGUAAUCUUGAGAGAUACUAGAAAUUAAGUGUGAGAUAUUAGAAGUAUGUCUAGAAAUGGUAAAACAUCUGUUGUGGGAAUUUGGACGGGAUUGAUGAUACUAUGUCUAGUUGUGGGGGAGACAAGUGCAAUUUCAUGUAGCUUGAAAUGUGCUUUGAGAUGUGGUUUUAUUUUCUUGAAUUGCAUCGAGCAGUGUGAAAUAGACGAAAAAUGCACCAGUAGCAGUAGUGUUGUCUCUACCGUCGCCAGUAGAUGUGCUUUCACCUGUACAAAAGAAAAAUGCGUCAAAUUUGCACCCAAUUCGAAGGAAAUUGAAGUCUGUGCUCAAAGUUGCGCCGAUGACUGUCACUUCAAAGAGUAUUAGUGAUUCCUAAUUACUGAGAAAAUCUGUAAUAUAUGGAGAGGUAGUGAUAAACCUCAAUAUAUAAAAAAUGAUGCUUGAUCUCAAUUAAAAAAA